AUGCAUACUUCCUCCAUCCUUAUGGCUACGGCCUUCUAUACCUCCACUGUCACUGCCCUCGCGACACCGCAGCUCUCAAAGCGGUUCUCCGUCCCCGGAGCCUCAAACGAGGAUGGUUUCACCAUCCCAAAGGGCAUUCAGCCAGGUACCUAUGAAGUUUUCAUUGAUGAAGCUGGUAUUGCCCACCACACCCAGCUUGCCGGCGGCGAUAAGCCCAAGAAUGAGCCUCGGGUAGACCAAAUCUCGUCCAAUGACGACCUUUCCGGUCUUGACCGAAGACAAGAAGACACAGGACUUCGAUUCAUCACUUGUGGGGAUUCAAGGGAGAUGGACCGUGGUUCCACGGACGAUGCAGUCCGUGACUUGGUCAACCAAUGUGGCAAUGGUCGUCAGGUCCAGUCCGGCCACCACAUCUACUCUGUCAGAGGCAACGUAGCAGUAUUUUACUGCAACUAUGUCACCAUUGCCAACUCACCUCCUCCUUUUGGGCGGGAAAUGUGGCUCGUUCAAGCCUGGCUGGAGCGAGGACGUGUAUGCUAA